GACAUUUUUCCGUGCUUAAAUUGUCAUUCACUCGUUCUCACUCCUCCCUUCACUUUCUACAAUCCCGAACAAACCGCGUUUGCAUAGUCACACACCUCCACACAUACACGCACAAACACCAUGAAACCAGCACUUCCAUGGCGGAUUCCCUCCUCGCUCUCUUCUCUCUAGCCUUCUUUCUUUUUCUCAAUUUCCCUUCCAUCUCCUCACUUCCAACUGUAUCAAUUUCCCACAUCAAUUCCAACCAAACCCUCAUUUGUGCGUUAACUAAAUCCCCUACCCAACAACGAACCCGCCUCAAUUGCACCACUACUAGCUCCCCCGACGGAUUUCAACUUCCGAUCAACGAAGGAAACAGGUAUCCCUUCGUUGGAAUCGUGGGUGGAGCUGGAUUCCUCUGUGCAUUAAGCUCGCCGUUCUCGAAUCCAUCGACAACACCCACUUCGUUUCUAGUUUGCUGGAGGUUUCUCAACAAUGGAAGUACGGUGUAUAAGAGGGUUUACCUUGGCCCAUCUCUCCAAGACAUUGAUUCCGGUGACUCUCAUGUUUGCGGGAUUGUUAGUGCCACCAAUCAGCUCCUGUGUUGGCAAUGGGAUCAAUUCAAUGACGAUUCCAACGUCAAUCGAUCUCAAUUCCGAUCCAGUGUUACAGUUGGGGAGAAUUACGUUUGUGGGUUCUCUGAAUUUGGAGAAAUAAGGUGCGUAGGAAGUAGCAGUAAUACUUUCAACAUCACUAACAGUUCUCCGGUGGGUAAUUACAGUGUGAUUUCCGCCGGAUAUAAUCGUGUUUGUGCCGUUAAUUCCACUGGUGGUUUAGAUUGUUGGGGAGACGCUAUGAUUUCGAAACCAAAUGGUGUGUUCAAAUCAGUUUCCAUGGGAGAUAAUCGAUUUUGUGCAAUCAGGGAUAAUGGAACAGUGAUUUGUUGGGGCGGAAAUGGUUUCAGUUUGCCGGAAAAUCUACGACAGGUUUCUUUCGAAGCAUUGCAGGCAAAUCGCGGUAUUUUUUGUGGGAUUUUGACUUCGAAUUAUUCGCUCUACUGUUGGGGGAAUGAAUCUUUGAACUCAAAUUCUAUUAUUUUCACAGACGUGAUUCCAGGUUUAUGCACAACCACAUGCAAUUGUGGUACAAUUCCAAACUACGGAUCAUUUUGCAGCAGAACAUUGAUGAUUUGCAAGCCGUGUGUUUACAAUCAAGACCCGCCGGAAUCAGUCCCACCACCUGUCCCGCCACCACUUCCACCACCGCGCAAAAGUGGUUGGAGUACCAAAAUGGUUGCCUUCUUGGUGGUUGGAAUCAUCGGUUGCUCAUCAAUCCUCGCUGUUCUUAUCUUUCUCAUCUUCAGGUUCUGCAAAUCAAACGAAGGAAGCCGGGUCCACGAUUCCGGACCAAUGGAAGACAUCCAAAUCGCAUCACAACUUCAAACUUCAAACCGAAUUCUCGUAAAGAAAUUGUCACAUUUAAUUAGUACAGGAAACGCAAAUCACUUGGAAGAAUUCACUUUACAAACAAUCAUCAAUGCAACGGACAAUUUCUCCGAUGAAAACCGAAUCGGGAUCGGAAGUUUCGGUUCGGUCUACCGCGCCAUAUUACCCAACGGUCAAAAAGUUGCCGUCAAACGGGCCGAGUCAACGUCCUCCUCCUCCCUUCCUGGGGGGACAAAAAAGCGCCAAGAAGAUACAGACAACGCGUUUGUAAACGAGCUCGAGUUUCUCUCGCGUGUUAACCACAAAAACCUAGUCCAAUUACUAGGAUUUUGUGAAGAAAACAACGAACUGGUGUUAGUAUACGAAUUCAUGGAAAAAGGUAGCCUUCACGAACAUUUACACGAGUUUUUUAGCUCGGAUAUAAUGUCAUGGCCCGCCCGGAUCAAAUUGGCAUUAGACGCGGCCCGCGGAGUAGAGUAUCUUCAUGUUUACGCGGAACCACCGAUCAUACAUCGUGACAUUAAGUCCUCCAACAUCUUGCUUGAUGGUGAUUGGACCGGAAAAGUAUCGGAUUUCGGACUGUCGCUAAUGGGCCCACCAGAUGACGGGUCGCACCUAUCGUUACGGGCAGCGGGUACGGUUGGGUACAUGGACCCGGAGUAUUAUAAGUUUGAGCAGUUGAAUGCUAAGAGUGAUGUUUAUAGUUUUGGAGUUGUUUUGUUGGAACUGUUAUCUGGGCUUCGUGCGAUUCACAAGAAUGAGGCGGGAGAGAGGAGGAAUGUAGUUGAUGUGGUGGUACCGUAUAUUGUGCAUGAGGAGAUGCAUCGAAUUUUGGAUCAUAAAGUUCCCCCGCCUACGCCUUUUGAAAUUGAGGCGGUGAAAUAUGUUGGAUAUUUAGCAGUUGAUUGUGUGACUUUGGAGGGUAGAGAUCGACCGUGUAUGAGUGAAGUUGUUUCGUGUUUGGAGAGGGCGUUAACGGCUUGUUUGACGGUACCGUCUUUUUCUCAUAGCUCAAAUAGCUCUUCUGCGUGAAUUACAGUCCGUUUAAUGACAUAAUUACAGUCCGUCUUUUUCGAAUCUUAUAAUAUUUACAAUUUAAAGAGGAAAAAAGAUAGCAAUGGGAAUGUGAUAAAUUGGAGUUGGUUUUCAUAAA